AUGCGCUCUUUGGCUCCAGCCGAUCAGCCAUCUGGUAUUGUCUCCACAUCCCUUGCGUCAAAAGUUGAUAUUUCCUCUUCUUUGAGAAUAUCAGAGAAUUUCCAAAAUCCACUUUUCCCUGAAACUUCAAAUUCUCUGCAGCUUUCUGUUUCAGUAGUAAGCAAUGCAGCCUCCCUAACAGAAAGUGUCUGCAACUUCUCCAGAGUCCCUGCUUCAGCCGUCAGUUCUCCAUGGCUACUGCCACCAGCCUCUUCUGGCACUUCUUGCCAACUGCUCAUGGGUAGUGCCUAUCACUACCAACAUGCUAGCGCAACUAAGUUGUCUGGAGGUGCUGGCUGGAGCCAGACCUCCACCUCAGCUGCUUGCAAACCUGGUGUUUUUGAGUGGGUCUAAAAAGAAGUCAUCAUCACUCAGAGCUUCGCUGUCACUGUCAUUGACCAGGACAUAGGUGUUUCUCCCAUGUCUGUGGCAUCCCAGUGUGAUACCACUUCAUAUGCUAACAUGGUACCUCUGUGUUCAUCACUCUCUGCCUGCAUUGUUCAGCUGGUACCUUCUCAGAUUCCAAAUCAGGGAUGUAGCCUGUCUCUCGCCUAUCAGAAAGGGAGUCAGGGAUGCUACUAUAAUCAAGGCCCAUUGGGGUAUCUGCAAUCUGGAGAAUUUGGCUCCAAGCUCUAAUCCUAAAACUCCAUUGUUUCUUACACAGAGAGCAGGGCCUCCGUCCCUCAACAAUUUGUCAUGGUAUUAAAGGAGGUUCAGCCCACAAAUGUGAUACCACCAGCCUCCACCUCAGGAAUCUACUCCUCUGUGUCUGCUCAACCCAUCACACACACAAGUUUUCAAGCGAUGGAGAGUUCCCUGAGGAUGGAGUCAUCCCUGGGAUUGCAACCUCCAAGCCAAACACUGUGUCUCCCACAAACGCCAGAAUUCCCCAAGGCCUGCAGUAGCAGAAAUAUCCAGACACUCGAGAGUAAUCCACCAGCUGCGCUUGGGGACAUUUCAAUGGUAGCUCCAGUCCAGAGUUCUAGUAAUCUCCUGGCACUGGCUCCAUCUCCAAGCCAAGAACAGAAAGAGAAUAAUGAUAUGGAUGAUAUUAAAGCCAGCCUUCCAAAGCUUCUGGAUACCAACCAGAAGCCAACAGAAAACCAAGAUUCUCCACUGCUCCCUUUAGAAGCCCCUGAUAUUCGUCAGCUCCAGGCCUGCAUUGAUCCCCUUGGCCCAGAAAAGCAGCCUGGUUGUGAAAAUGCUGGUCUCAGAGAGAACAGCCUGAGUCUUAAGAACCAAAGGACACAGGAAAGUGGGACUGAAUCUAAUGAUGGUUCUGCAGACAUCGCUACACUGGUGGAGGAUAUUCACCUUCCACAGAUCUUACAUCCCUUGGAUGACCUUGAUCAAUCCAAAGGUCCCAAGGUGAUCAAAAACAAAGAUACCAGAGCCAUCAAGUUGAAACAGGUGCAGAAAGAGUCAAGCAUCAUGAAGGCUCCUUCUGAUCAAGCCAGGAAGAACAAACAUAGGGCCUCGGAGCCAAUUAGUGAUGCUCCCAAGGCCAAAAUCAAGCCCCGAAUCAAGCCCAAAAUCAAGCCCGAGAGCCCAGACUGCGUGUGCUUGGGAGAAGUGGGUAUUUGCAAUGCGGCAGCCAGUGACAGGGCUCCUGCGAGCACAGCCAGGCAUUCUAACAGCAAACCUCAGAAAGCUGCGUCCAGCAGGAACAGAGCAACUAAGAGCCAUGGGCAGGAAAAGAACAAAAGAAACAAAGACAACUCCAAGAAAGCUGAAGAGAGUAAGCAGUCAGGAAACAACAACAAGGAUGAAGAGAAGCCAUCGAUUCCCAAAGUGAAGCGGAAGAAAAAUCAACCUGAGCUGACCCAAGAGACCUUCAAAAAGCCUCGGACCUGCCUAGGUAUGUACAUGUAUGAGUCUGCACAGGUUAUCCAUGCACUAGGGAAGAAGAGUGAUAAGAAAAUUGAAUUGUCUUCCUCCCGGGCCCUAGGAAACUCAAGUAAUCUGAAAGGCCCCCAGCCAGGUCCAGCUGUCACAAGAUGGUUGGAUGCUACUCAUAAGGGCAAAGGUCCUGAGAAAAUUCAAGUCAAACACCAGAAAACAAAUGGCAGUGCUGAAAAAGAGUGUUCAUCUCCAUCUGAGUAUGAGUUGCCACCACCUGGCAAGGUCAAGCUGGUACCUUUGCCUUUUCUUAACUUGGACAAGCCUCAAGCUCGACCAGUUCCUCGCAGGCCACCAUCCCUGGCACAGCGUCGGCCUGCUGUGGCUAACCCUGCCCGGCCUGCCUCUAACUCAGGUCAGCCUACUGCAGUGAACUCAUCCAGACCAACUCCUGCGCCUUUGACAGGCCCUACUAGACCAGCUCAGCCAACGUCGAGCAACCCGUCCCGACCAGCUUUGAUCAGUCCUGCCCGGCCUGCCUCUAACUCAGGUCAGCCUACUGCACUCAAUUCAUCCCAACCAAUUCCUGCUUCUUCGACAGGUCCUGCCAGAUCAGCUCGGCCAACUUCAAGCAAACGAUCCCGACCAGCUUUGACCAGCCCUGCCCGGCCUGGUUCUAACUCAGCUCAACCUGCUGCACUCAAUUCAUCCCAACCAAUUCCUGCUUCUUCGACAGGUCCUGUCAGACCAGCCUGUACAACUGCUACCAACCCAUGCCGACCACGUUUGACCAACCCUACCCGGCCUAACGUCACUCAGUCUGCUGCUCCUAGCCCUGUGACCUAUAAAACAUCAGCUUGCACUUCUUUCCAGCAGCCCAUUCUCACUGCUGUGACCAAGCCCCAGUCCCCGCCCAAGCCUCAAAACCAGUAUCUACUCCAGGAUUUUGCCCUCCAGCCAAUUCCAUGGAAGAAACCCAAUGUCUCUGGGCCAGCCAUGUCAAAGCCCAUCACGGAGGAGCAGAGGCCAGAGCGGGAGGCCAUGAAGAGGAUGGCUCAGCUAGAGCGUGACAAGGCUGCCAAAUACUCUUUGGAGAAAGUGCAGGAUUUCCUCAAGAGGGAAAAGGAAAUGGAAACUUCUCAAUACUACAGUUAUGCAAUAUAG